UGGAAUAUACUAGCACUAUUCUGUGCCGAGAGUCUUUAAGAUAUGUCCAACAGCAAGCGUACUCUUGCAUUGAUAGCUUAAAUUAAGAAGUUGACUAAAUAAAUUCUAUUAUAUAAGAAUAGAGGCAUAUUCAUAAAGUAAAUUAUGAAAUGUUUUCUUCUUCUCCUUUUCUGCAAGCUCUGGUCAAAACUUUUUAAUGAUUUUGGUUGACUGGAAUUUUUUACCUUUUCUAGUAAAUAAUACAUGAGUCUUAUAUUUAGCUUGAUUAGAGGAGGAAAGACUCCAAAAUGAAAUUACUAGAGAUCAAUAUUUUACAGGUUUGGUGAUUAAUUUUGAUAAGAAAUUUUGAAGAAUAGUUUCUUAUUUUUAACCAUGAUAACUCCUUUUUAAUGCUAUGAGUAUAACUUGUUCCAUUACGAUAUAGGCUAAGAUAUAGAGUUAAGAAAAGUAAAACACUGGAGGAAAACUGGAAAGAAUUCUUUUAAAUUUCAGAUUCUCACUGCCUAAUUUCCUCAUCUCCUCUAAAUUCA